GGUCAAAAUAUUAUAGGUCUGGAAUCUCAGCAAGAGUUUAGUUCAAAUUUUCAGUGAUUGGUUUCAACAUAUCCAAGCGUAGUUAAUUUGUAAAUUUUCGGUGAAAUGGAUUUGGAACGUGAAUUGCCCACCGAUGAUGCCUCUAUGGAGCUGGAGGGGGCCGAACAGUGGACUGAUCUCAAUUCGUCUGACAGUCUGCUCACUCUGAAGCGGAGUUGGAGCCAGGAGACAAUGAGACCACCCUCGGAUGAAGAGGCUGUUCCAUUCGAACUCAGCUCGGACGACAUCCACCUUGGUCUGCUGGUAGAGAAGGGAUUGAUCGAGUACGACUCCCUCAACCAGCCCCCUGACGAGGACGAGGCGGGGGACUAUCCCAAGCUUUUGUCCCGGACGGCGGAUCGCGGGGAAAUCGCUGAAAUAGUCAAGGAAAUGAGAAACGAAUUCAUGGUCAAGAUGACCUCAAAGGCCAAGAGCUUCAAGGAAAUUCUAAUUAAGAAGGGAAUGAUGGAGCCGAUGGAAGGCAGCAACGUUCAUCAUGAUCAUAAGUCCGAUGUGAAGGAUAAAGUUAAGACUGAUAACGAUUCUAAGAUUCCUGAACUCGAAAUCAAUGCAGACAAGGCUCUUAGGACAACCCUGAAACAAGAGGCCAAUCCGAAUGUUGAGAUCACCCAGCUUAUCAACGAAAUCAAUCAAUUCACCUCCGGAAUGGAGACAGAUCCUGACAGCGCGGACUGGCCUAACUUCCGGGCCAACCUGCUGAAAAUACAUAAACACUAUGUCAGCGUUGGUGACCCGGAAACAAAGGAGCCACCGUGCGCAGUCCAUAUCCGAUCUCCACCAGAAGCAGCCGAUAUCAGCGAGCCCUUGAAAGACCUCCGCAAUCGCGCCAAGAACCUCGGAAGAAACAUCCGAGGCCUCGAGUGCAAGAUGCUCACCCUGGACCACUCCUUUGAUGUCUUCUGCGAUAAGUUCAAUCGCAGCUUGAUCACCAAGGAGCGAGUGGAGCGGGACAUGGUGGUGCUUGCGAUGAUGCGCGAUGGGAUAGGUCGCCGGCUUAGCCAAAUGGAAGCGGAAUUCCGCAGGGCCAAGGAGCAUUUGUACAAUCGGGGCAGAACACCAGAAGUCAGAGCCAACUCGAUUCUUCCUCCGCCAAUUACCCAGUUAGUUGAACAUGGGUGUGACUAGGCGGAUCGCAGUGACUUUUCCAGCCGUCCAAAUCGGGUUAAAAAACCUAAGAGAAUGUGCCUUAUAUUUUUGAAUACAUCUUCUGAUCAAAGCUAGAAAACCA